AUGGCUAAACCGUCGAUUAAAGAAACUAUUACUAGUGCUGCUAGCGGUGAAAGUGGAAACAGCGUCUCGAUUUCUGAAACUGAUGAAGCUUUCGAUAGGUUGAUAGGCGAUAUUGAAAAGCGGUUGAAGAAGGAAUCAGAAGAAGUGAAAACGAAUAUUAUAAGGGCGUUGAGGUUACGUUACCAGGAGAUGCGAAAGUUGCCCAUUUUGCAACAGAUGAAAGAGUUGUUCGAAUCCUCAGAUCAACGGGCUGUUCAGCAGGAAAUCAUCAUCUAUACAGUUAUUAAUGAGGUCAUUGAACGCAUGGAUAAGUUGAAGCGCAAGUUUCAACUUCCGACGGUAAAUACCGUUGGCUCGACACGACAACGGAGACAUGUGCAGCGGGCGAUGCAUAGACUUCAGCGGUACCUCUCGAAAGUACAGGCGGAGAUAAAGAAAGAAUCAGAGAAGGAAAUUGGAUUGGAAGAAGUGGACGAAGACGAUCCUAGCAACCCAUUGUUACGAAUAGAACGGUUAGAGCGAACAGCAAUGCUUAUUUGGAAGAAAAUGAAAAACCUGUCGCCGAAAUUUGCUUCUACCGGCAGACAUGACGUCGAACAGAAGACCGCGUACAAUGACAGCGGCUACUCCGUGAUCGACCAGAAGAUAACGAAGUUGAUCUCAGGUCCUGCGAGGGACAGCAAGUAUUCGCAUGCGACCAACAGCCGGGUGCUGCACCCUUCGGUCAAAUUCGCCAUGCCGUCCUUUCACGAGGUGCUGGACGUGGUUCACGCGGAAAAUGCGGCUCAGUCUCUCGGAAUCGAAGAUGAAAAACAGCUAGCCCAGAAAAUUCAUCGCGACGUGGGCCUGAGGCUCAAGUAUAAAGAUGUUAUGGAUCGCAGAUUGUUCAUGGCCGAUUUGGUGAGAGGUGUGUAUGGAUCUGAUAUAGAAGAUGAUAACAGUUUGAACAACAGCGCUGACGAUGAAUCUGAAAGGCCGUGCUGUUCUAAAGUUUUGUGUGCCUCAGAGAAAUUCGUGAAAUCGGUAGCGCGAGAUGUAGAAAGCUGCGUAGCCAGUGCGUUUGACACAGUCACGAACAAAGAAUCUGAAGAGUCCAUUUCUUCGACAAGUAAAUCGACCAUAGCUGCAGGUUUAACUAAAGUAAAAGAGGAAGUAGAAGAAACCAAAGAGGCCGAUACAACGUCACAUGCUCAGUCGACUGAAUCACCUGUUGUGGAUACAUUGAACCUGAAGGAAUCGAUGGAAUGUGACACGACAACGUCGUCGCCUUCUUCUGUCCCUUUGGCCACUGUAGAACACCAGCCGUUGGAGGAAACUGUUUCUAAAAGGCUGAUCGAAAAUUAUGGUGGUUUCAUUAAAAUGCCGAAAUUGGAGCCGGUAGUUUCGGUUGUGCCGUCGUCCCCUGCAGUCGUUAGGAGGCAGACUAUGUCAUCAUUUAGCAGCUCUGCAGAAAGCAACCUCAAUACGCAUCAUUCGUUUCAUAUCGCCCCAGAAAGAUGGACGAAUCAUGUACCUCAUCCUCCACCUAAAUUGAACUCCUUGAAUGCGCUGUUUCAAAAGACUGAAUGUGUUAACAAUCAGGCAGUCGUCAAUACCUCCGUCGAACUAGCGGCCGUAAUGUCCCCUGCCAUUCCAAAAAUUUGUGGCGAAAGAAUGCACACGUAUUCAGGGAAUGCUGUAUCAAAUGGAGACGCGUUUACGAUGACAUUUCAAGUGUGUUCCGGUCCUCUUUCGAGGUCGUUCAAGCCAAAUGUUCAGGGCUUGAAGAAGAAUCGUUCUGCAAUUGAGGUAAUUGAUCUAACUUGUGACAGCGAUGAAGAGAACGACAGAUGA